AUGUCGUUUAUGAAUCAGUCGCAAAUGCCUGACCAGCAAUUUUUGUGGGAUGUAUUUUCCCGUGUGGAUAAAGAUCGAAGUGGGUAUAUAUCUGCUGACGAAUUGCAAGUGGCUCUUUCAAAUGGAACUUGGAGUCCAUUUAAUCCAGAAACGGUCCGUCUGAUGAUUGGAAUGUUUGAUCGUGAAAACAGAGGAACUGUUUCAUUUCAAGAUUUUGGAUCCCUUUGGAAAUAUGUAACCGAUUGGCAAAAUUGUUUUCGAUCGUUUGAUCGUGACAAUUCUGGAAACAUUGACAGGGCAGAAUUAAAGACAGCACUAACGUCUUUUGGCUACCGUCUAUCUGAUAAUAUUAUAGAUAUGUUAAUACGAAAAUUUGAUCGGUUUGGAAGGGGAACAAUACUUUUUGAUGACUUCAUACAAUGUUGCAUCGUCCUAUAUGUGAGUAUAUGUUUUUAA